GGCUCGAAAUUCGAAAAAGUAACUGUGAAAAAAUGUCAGCUUUCACUUUUACAGACAAAUUUUUGUUUCCACCUGAUUUCGAUACAUUGAACUUGCCAAACUCAGAAAAUAAAAUCUGUGUUAUAUCCAUCCUGGGAAAAAGUGCAUACCACAUUAACACCUCCAAAGCAUCACCACUGAAUCAUAUUUUGGACAGAGACGUCUUCAAGUGUAUACCGGAAGCUGUAGAGGAAACUGUCACUAAGGGAGAUGUGGAGUGUUUCUUUGAUACAGAGAACCAGGUGAUUUAUUUACACCUGAGAUCUCUGGGUGACGUACACAGAGUGGCUACCCUCUGCCAAAGAUUGAUUUCAGAAAAAUCAUCAAAAGAUUUUUUCUCCAUAUGGCAGAAAGAGGAAUUCAGAAUAGCGAAGAUGCUGCUGUGGAUGUUUGGAGUUUCUCAUUUGUUACUGUUAUCCCAUCCAGGAAGGAAUUUUGAUAUCAGUUUUGUGCGACUCUUCAGAACAUUAGACAGCAUCAGACUGAAAUUACAACACAGUGUGUCGGAUCAACUCCAUGGACUUCCCAUCUCCAAGGACUGGUCCUACAAUGGGCGGCCAUGUUCUCCGAGAGUUCUCUUCGUCUUUGAGUCCUGCUCUUUGGAUUUUAGUGUGGAGGACUCAGAAUCUGGAGCUAAAGGAAGAUCUCAGAAAGGUUCUCCGAUCAAGAAAUUACAACAUGCUAUGGAGGACCAGAUCUACAGAAUACUGAGAAAAUCCAGGGUUAUCACAAAUAUCAGUAACAACUCUCUCUUUGCUGUGCCAGCCAAUCAGGAGUUUGUUUUUAUCCACUCUGAGAAGUCAGAGGUCAUAGACCCAGUUGGUUACUACCUGGAACAACUUCGUCUGAACAGCACCAUCGUGAAAGAUUCUGUUUUCUUGAGAGAGACAGAUUCCCCGAGAAGUCGUAGUUAUCAAAGCAGUAGGAAGAUCAGCCAGGGCAACGGAUCCUCUGGGUCAAGGUCAUCGUCCACAGCAACACAUUUUAAAGGAGGCAACAGCUUCAAAGAGUUUCUAUGGCAACAUAUUGAGAUGGCCUUAGGAAGGGGUUUUGAUGAUAAUGUCGGGAGAAAUCCAGUUCCCUCAUUAUUUGAGACUGUAACAACACAGACUUGGUUUAUGGUGGCUAACCGACUGUAUCAGUUCUACUUCGGCGAUUCCAUUGAUGGGAAAGCCCAGGCUCACCUAAAUACCCUAAAAUCACUGCUGGAGACCGACAUCCGAUUUUCAGAGAAUCGAUGUAACAAAGUUCUUCCUCUGGCGGAAGCUGCGUACCAAGAAAGCUUGCCAACUCACUAUGUUACAAAUUUCCACUUGUCCAAGCUUGCUCAGGCUCAGAGAGUCUUCCACCAGUUUGCCAGGGGACCAGCUUGUGACAAGUAUCUGCAGCAGCUGGAACAAUCAUGCGAGAAGUUCUGGAGAAAUGGUCGACAGCUGUGUGAGGAAAUCAGCAUCUUGUCUAACCACUGUGUUAAUCCCCUGCACAAACUUCCAGAUGACCCAGAAACUGAUGAAAAUAGACACUUACCCACAAUGCCUCACUCUAGUCAACUGAAGACCAAAGCUGCCUGUAACUGUGGCAGAAAGCAGACAGACAAAGAGGACCCAUUUGAUCAUAAGUAUGCCAACUUUGAUUUUUUUGAUGCAUUGGUAUCAACUUGUUGUGGAGAAUUAGAGCAUUUAGAACUGCCGGUGUUUAAACCCAGUACAUCUGAUGCUAAGGCCAGCCAGGUGAAUAGGACUACCAGCAUAGAGGAAAAGGGAGAGAACCUAAUUAAAAAAGAAACACUUAAACAUGACAUUGUUACCGGGAUGGGGAGUUUUAGUCUUGCACUCAGUCUAGGUCAGUCAGGUGGAAGUGAAUUUCUCCCUCACCAUGACCAUCAUAGUGGAGUUAGCACCACAGAUCACUAUACCAGUCACCAAAGUGACCACGGGCUCGGGACAGACGAACAUGAGGAAGGCUCGGAUGCCCCAGUGGAAGGUGGACACAGUGUGGAGACAGUGGAGGAGGAGGAAGAAGAGGAGGAAGAUCCACAGGAAGAAGUGGAACACAGCCCAGAUAAAGAGGAAGAAAGUGGAAUAAAACCAGAAGUAGCUGAAUCUCAGAAACAGGAAGACUCACCGAAAGUAGAAGUGGAUGUGAUGCCAAGCUCACCCAAGCAGGAUCCAAGUUCUCAGAGGAUGGAACCGGAGAUAACGAUUAAUUCUCAAAAGUCAGACACUGAGACUUCACAGAAAGAUGAGACUUUCCUUGGAAAACCAUUACUUAAGAAAGUGGUAGAGCUGGAGGAGGCCGACACCAUGAGACAGCACUCUACGACGGAGUACCUGUAUGGAAUGAUCCACUCCGAGUCACCCCCACAUCUUCUCCCCAAGUUUCCAUCCUGGAAUAUGUGCUGUCUAGGAAAGUCCAGCUUAUAUAACCACGCAUCAGGACUAGAAUUGCCAGGAUUUUUACAUGGCAGUAACUUCCUGUUGCCCUGGGACGUCACUGUAAAGGCUGAAAAGGACAAAUGGCCAUCGAUAGGGGAAACCACAACAUCAAGAAAGGGGAGACAGAAAAAGAAUAAUAAAGAUGUAGGUGAGAUGAACUUGAGGAUCUUUCUGGGAGAUGAAUAUGAAUGCCCCCGAGGACACAGAUUUUUCUGUAGUGGUCCAGAAAAAGUCAUCAAAGUCUCGAGUUCAAGUACAGUCAAGGAUAAUGCUGCUAAACUGGUCAGCCUAGAUAUGCCUCUUUAUUGUCCCUGUCCUCAGUGCAGAAGCACGAAAGGUUAUGUAGCCCAGUUGAUGCGACUGUACGUCUCCACUCCAGAGGGACCACUGAGGGUAACAGUGGACCCACACAUACAACCCACUUCCCCACCAUGCCCAAUCUUUACCAUGGGAACGGAAAACCCUGUAGAACUUCCCGCUGGAUCUCUGUGGGUCAUAAGACUCCCACAUAUCUACAUGGGUGACCAUGGAGCGUAUAAUAUGCCAACAGACUCCCAGCACAUGCAGUGCUGUCGAAUGCUGAAGGGCGUGUUCAGCUACAGAGACCUGAACAAAACUUCAUGAUUCAUUCUGUGUAGUUCGUAAUAGAUGUGUACUUUGUGAAUAUUUUGUGCAAUAAAAAUCUACUGAAACAGUUUACUUUGGAGAAAUAUACUAGUAAGUAGUCAGUGAGACAUGGAGAAACUUGGCGUGUUUCAUACCGAUUGUUAGGCUGUUCUUGGCACACUGAUUUUGACUACGGAUUACUCCAUUUACCUGAUCAAGAUAUAGGGCUCACGGCGGGUGUGACUGGUCAACAGGGGAUGCUUACUCCUCCUAGACACCUGAUCCCACCUCUGGUGUGUCCAGGGGUCCGUGUUUGCCCAACUCUCUAUUUUGUAUUGCUUAUAGGAGUUAAGAGAUUGAUCUGUUAUCAUCACUUUUCAUACAUCUCUUAUAACUGACGGACACAAAAUUGAUAUGCAGCAAACAACUUGACAGAAAGUGAAUACGUAUUAAUAUGAUGAGUAUGUGGAUAGAAGUUGUUUGAUGCUUUAGAUGUAGAAUAUAUACCUGUACAUGUGGUGGAUGUCCAGUGUGUUUCUGUUACGUGGAUUGAUGACAGAUAUCUACAAGUCAGCAUAUUCAUAGGAUUGAAAUGUCUCCUGAAACAUGUAACUGCACACAAAAUUUUCCCUAUUUUCUUCAGAUUAUUUGGGAGUAUCAAAACUGUUCAGCCAUGCAGUUCUGUAUUAUUUACAUGUAACUUUUUAGCCCUUCAACAGGUUACAUAAAAUAAAACUUCUCUCUGUGAAAAAUGUUUAUUAAAAUGUGUCACACAG